AUGCAAAGUCACCUCGUUCUAACAGAGAUGAAACUGAAAUAUGAAAAUGCUUUAACUGCUGCUUGUAAUAGUAAAGGGGAGGAAGGUAGAGCUAAGCAGUACCCUGCUGAAAGGAAUUUAGAAAAUCUCUUUGGUAAUUUAUUUGAGCUGUUGGGAACACUUUACUUAGUUUUACGUGUUUCUGGAACAGAAUCUCAUGAUCACGUUCUUCUGGAUAUUCCUGUCGCUAGAGAGCAAAUGAAUCACUAUCGAGCUGCAGCUGAAACUGCUCAAAGUGAACUUGCAGCACUUUCGGUGAAGUAUGAUUGUGCCCAGUCAGAGCUUCUUGAACUCAGGUCCAGAAUGGUCUCUAAAGAAGCCUCUUUUCAAGAGCUGAAGGCUGAAGCUGAAAGUUACAAGGAAAACAAUGCUAGACAGAUGUCUCGCCUCCUGUCUUUGCAAACCCGAAUUCAGGAGAUGGAGGAAGAGAUGUGUGUGCUCACCACUUCUAAAAACCAGGCUGAACUGACAGCUCAGGUGUCAUUCAAGGAAAACUGGGAGCUGAAGGAGGAGCUUCAUGAGCAAAAUGCCAAACUUAAUAAAUAUUUGAAUGAGUGUGAAGAAAGCAUGAGUCAAGCUUCUAAAAUCAGCAGAAAGUAUGAAGAGUUCCUUACAGAGCUUUCUGGAUUCUUGGACACAAAUAUCAGAGAAAAAGAGAAACCACAAGAGCAUUUAACAUCAAAGGUGUCUGAAAUGUGUAAAGAAAAUCUUACACUAAAAGACCAGGUUGCUGCUCUUCAAGAAGCUAUCAGUGUCCAUGAGAUGGAGUCCAAAGCUAGUAGAGAAACUAUCACAAGGCUUGUUUCAGAAGUGACCAAGGAGCAGAAAAAGGCAGCAGGAUACUAUCAAGGCAUGGAAAAAUUUAGUAAGGAUCUGGACAGUGCUAUAAUAGGGAGACAGAAUUUGGAGAUGGAAAUUAGAAACCUCCAAGAUAAACUGACUGCUAACCAGAAAGCUUUGGACGCCUCAAAGCAGGAGCUGCACAAUCUGAAGAAAUCUUCCAGUGAGCUGGAUAGAAGCUUGAAGAGCAGCAGAGAAGAGGUCAGGACUGCUCAGACCUCUUUAGUGGCUUUUAAAGAACAAAUUGCUACUCUACUCAGCGGUAGAUCUGCAAUAGUUAAACCUUCCGAGAAGGCCAUUUUGGAGAGGAUCCAAGAAAUAAACUGCAAAGAGAGGAGUAAAGAAAUAAUGGUAUCUCAGCUUGAAAGCCAAAUAGCUAAAUUGACUGAAGCUUUGGAAAAUCAGACCAGAUUGUACCAAGAAGCUCUGGAGAGGAGCAGGAAAGCUGAAAAAUGUUCUGAGACUUUCCAGGAUCAACUGAAACACUUGGAAGAGGAAUUACUGUCUGUAGAUCUGAUGCAAGAUGGUUUGAAGCUUGAGAACCAAAAAUAUCUGAAAUUUCUGGAGCAACUUAAUGAGAAGAUGAAGUUGGAUAGCCUAGCAGCAGAGGUUGGAUUUGAUAUGAAUGCGGAUGCAAUCCUAGCCCGGGUAGAGCAAUUGGUGAAACUGGAAGGUGAUGCAGUGAUUGAAAACAAGACUAUGGCAUAUAGCCUAAGAAGGAAGUUGAAGACUCAGAAAGAAAAACUUGAAAGCAAAGAGCUGCACAUGAACCUUCUGCGGCAGAAAAUAACCCAGCUAGAAGAAGAGAAGCAAGUAAGGACCACCUUAGCUGUGGAGAGGGAUGAGGCCAAUCUUGCUGUCAGAAAGUUACAUAAGAUGAUAGAGAGGUUACAGAAGCAGCUUGAUCUGGCGAUGGAAAUGAAUACUGAUCUCAAAGCCAAGCUGUCUGAAACCAAUGAACUUAAGAUCAAAACUUUGGAGCAGAACAGAACGAUAGAAGAACUCAGUAAGUCUCAAGGCAAAUUGGAAAGAAUGAAAGAAAAGGCUGAGAAACAACUUACCUCUGUCAAAUCAGAACUCCUUUUAAAGGACCGUAAAGCUACUGAAGAUAAAGAAAAAAACAAAACUAUGUUAGAAGCAGUUACCAAUGAGAUGAAGGUGCUUAAAACAGCCCUUGCAGAAUUAGCAAAAAGAGAGAGACAGCUGGCAGAUUUCCGAGAGGUGGUAUCACGGAUGCUGGGCCUCAACAUUGCCAGCUUGGCUCUUCCUGACUAUGAAAUUAUUACACGUCUUGAAGGGUUGAUUCACUCUCAUCAGCACCACUGCUUCCCCUGUGUCUGCCUCAAAGACGUGGCAAGGGCACCAGAGGAACACUCGCAAAGAAACAUAGAGCUUCUUCACUGA